AUGUCAAGAGAUGUGAGUUUAUCACCGAAAUCGAAUGAAAAUCGAUUUGGUUCUGGAGCCACUGCCAACGAGCCAAUUAAAGUUGAAGUUGUGAACGAGGAACAGGUUGACUGCAAUUUGAAUUCAACUGCUAAUCAAUUAGGCUUUUCUUCUACACUUUCGACAUCCUUUGUCGCAUCCGAAGACUUAUCCGAAUCAAUCGAUGACUUGACAGUAACUAAAGAGAAAAAGAAAAUCAAACCGAGCAAAUUAGCAGAAGAUUUGACCCGGAAAAGGAAGGAUACGACUAAUUCGAUCACCAACUUUUUUCAUCGAUUCACGCGAGGCGAUCGCGAAGAGAAGAAGAUUGUAGAAGAAGAGGAAGAAGAGCCAGUCGAAAGACCGGAAAAACUGAUUAGCCCGGAGUCUGAAGAAAAAUGGUUCGAGUCCAGAACACUUGAUGAGCAACACAUCGGCCACGAAGCAAACGCCGACGUUUACGAAUGGGACCCCAAUAAUAUGUCAGAGACUCUGGUUCGAGAACCACCUCCACUUGACCCAAACAAUGCGAUAUUUGAAGAAAAGGGAAUGCUCAAGCUUCUGGAAGAAUUUCGAAACGGAGAACUGCGUUGGCUUGAUGAACCACAAAUAUCUGCUAUGGAAAAAGUGAAAGAAGCGCAUGAAGAUGUAUCAAACAUUCACUUGAAAGUGUAUGAAAUUGAAUCAGCUAAACGAAAAAAGAGGAAAAAUAAAUUAUCGAAGGAAUCCGUAAGGAUUGUCGAAAGUCUGGAAAACAACAAGGCGAUGGCAACGUUCUUCAACAAGUUCUUCACAGGAGCAUCCUCAUCCGCGGCAAGUUCAGAUUGUGGAAAUAUGGACAUGCUUUGUCAGGCAAUAAAUCAGCUGCAGACAGAAAGUCAUGAAAACGUUGGUGAACGAGCCGCAGAUAUUGUUCGUCAAAAUAAGGAUCUCUUCGAGAAAAAAACAGCUGAUGUUGAAGUCUUCUUGACAAACUGCAAUGCACACGUUGGCUCCGCUGCGAUGGCCGCCGCUAUAAAGGGAUUGUUCGAUUCAUCGUCAUCAAAAAAUAAUGAGCAAGGACAAGAGAGAGCUGUCGAAUUGAUUCAUCAUUAUCUUGAGGAGAACCAGCUUAUUGGAGAGCAUCUUAAACUGGUCCCAGAAUUCAUUUUCCCGCUUAUACGCAGUGUCGGAUGUUAUUGCAUGGAGAAGAAGCACAAACCAGAAAUUGGACAGAAGAUUAUCUCAAAGGCAUUGGCAACAAUGUAUCCUCCUGGUGGAAGUCAUUCCAAUGUACUGACUUCUGCUCACAGUGUUUUGUUCGCUUGUGCGUUGAAAACCAAGGACUAUUCUUCCGUGGAGCCCUUCGUAAAUAUUCAUAUCGAUGAAGUUGCAAACGAGAAGCGCGUGCAGGAUGCUUCGCUGGAUGAGCAGUUCCCAACGUACAGUAUUGCGCGAUUGAAGGGUUCCCAUAAAGGACAAGGACCAAUGAGCUCUCUUGGAAAUACAAAUACACCCAGCCCGUAUUUGAAUCCAAAGUUUGUGCUUGAUUAUCUGUACAACGGUGCAUGCGUUUUGAUCGAGUUGAAAAAUUACAAAGGGGCGCUUUUCCUCCUGGAAACACUCCUCUCAAUCCCAGCUUACUCGGCACAGGAUCAGAUUGUUGAAGGAUAUAAAAAGUUCGUGCUCGUUUCUCUCAUUCUUAAUGGCGUGGUAGUAGACAACACUGAUAAGUUGCCUGGAACUCGAAGCCUGAAAUUGAAAACUCCGGAAUACAAGCAUUUGUCGGAAGUCAAGUUCAACAGAAGUGCGAAUACACAUGCCAAAGUCGAUGAACUUGUUCAGAAUGCAAAAGAUAAACUGAGAAGAGAUGGAAACCUUGAACUUGCAAAGCUUAUGGUCGCUGAGAUGAGAAAAAAGACCAUCGUUGCGCUGGCCAAAAUCUUCAGCUCUGUUAGAGUGUCCGAAAUUCAAAAGCUGGCCUUUCUGAAAAACCGUAAUCAAGUGACGGACCUUAUUGAGCAGUUGGUGGCAGAGAACAGAAUCAAUGUAACAGUCGAAGGAGAAAUGGUAUUUUGGUCAGAAGUAGCACCAGUCCCUUCUCGCCAUGACAUUCUUGAAAAGAUCGCCAAAGUUGACCAUCUGAACAAUCUGCUUCAAAUCAAAAACAAGGAUAUGAAGUCUGGAUCAGGACGUCAGAAGCCAUCGAUUCUAUACAACGAAGAUGAAGGACUCAGCAUGCCACCAAUCGAAUAA